GCUAUGAAACAGACUCUUUCCGAUUCGACUUCAUUAGUAAUGGAGGUUAGGCCAUCACCAUCGGAGUUCACCGUACCUGAAAACAUCCUCCGACGGUUACUCGUUGCGGCAAAUUCGUAUAGACUAGACGAAGCCCUAGAACUUCUCACGGAAGCCGCUCGAACUGAUCGCGGCCGGUCUGCCCUAGCUUACAAGGACGUUCUCCCUGCUGUUCUUCAACUCUCCAGAUUGCUCUCUUCUUCAUCUUCGGUUCAUCCUCACCUUAUCUUCUCCACUCUCAGACUUCUAAGAAACCUCUGUGCAGGGGAAAUUGUUAACCAGAACUCUUUUGUCCGAGAAAAUGGUGUUGAAGUUGUAUCCAUCGCUUCGUCAUAUGUGGAUUUAGGUUCUAAUUCCGAUUAUUCGUUCGUUCGAGUUGGAUUGCAGGUUUUUGGGAAUGUUUCUUUAGGUGGGGAGGAACAUCGGACUGCUGUUUGGGAUUGGCACUUUCCGGCUGUGUUCUUGGAUAUUGCAAGAAUUCACAAGGUCGAGGUUUUUGAUCCUUUGUGUAUGGUCAUAUAUAAUUGCUGUAAAGGAAGACAUGAGCGAAUUAGGGAGCUUUCUGGUGUCCAAGGUUUACCUAUCCUCAUCGAGAUUGUCAGGACUGCUUCAACAGUUGGAUUCCAAGAAGAUUGGUUUAAGUUGCUUCUCUCUAUAAUUUGUUUUGAAGAAUCCCACUUCCUUUCUUUAUUCUCUGAAUUAAGGUUAGUUGAGAAUGCCGGUAAUUUUAAGUAUGGAGAUAACCAUUUUACCAUGGAGCAAGCCUUUCUGUUGAGUACCGUUGCUGAGUGUUUGAACAAGAAAAUGACUGAAAUUUCUGUAUCUAAUGAGUUCGCAAACUGUGUUCUUGGAAUACUGAAAGUAGCAGUUGGGGUUCUCGAUUGUGUUUCAAAGGAAAAGUUUGGUCUUCCAACGGGCUCUGCUGCAAUCGACGUUCUUGGGUAUUCACUCACCACUCUGAGAGAUAUUUGUGCACGGGACGAGAUGCUGAGUUCCGAGAAGGAUAGCUCAGCUGGUGUUAUUGAAUCAUUACUGUCAGCCGGACUUGUAGAACUCAUGUUAGAUUUACUUCGUAACCUUGAGCCACCUGCCAUAAUCAAGAAAUCUAUCAAGCAAGUGGAGAGUUGUGAAAAUCGUAAAGGAUACAUGUCUUCUAACUCACUCAAGGUCUGCCCCUACAAAGGAUUCCGGAGAGACAUUGUUGGUGUCAUAGGGAAUUGCUUGUACCGUAGGGAACAUGUACAAGAUGAAAUUAGGCAGAAUAAUGGAAUUCCUCUGCUAUUGCAACAGUGUGUUACUGAUGAAGAUAACCCUUUCUUAAGGGAAUGGGGUAUUUGGAUGGUGAGGAAUUUAUUGGCAGGAAAUGCAGAAAAUCAAAGGGAAGUAGCAGAAUUGAAGGUUCAAGGGUCGGUUGAUUUACCUGAAUUUGCAGCACUUGGUUUGCAAGUGGUAGUGGAUCAGUCUGGUCGACCAAAGCUUGUUAAUGUCUCUGCUGAUGAAAAAAUUUCUGGAAGUUAGACAAGAAUUCUAACCAGAUGGUAUUGUCUAUCUGGAUUAUUGAAUUGGUUUUCCUUGCAUCUUCUUGGUUGUAUAUGGACAAGGGUUCUGCUUACCUUCCUUGGUGGAAUGGAUAAAGAAGAAUAUACCGAUGUAAAGGCGAUAGUGAAAACUUGGUAGUUGUGGAAAGCUA